AGAGAAACUUUAUUUUAAUUCAGAGAAUAAUCAGAAUAAAUUGAUACCUAUUCAAACUCCUUGAAUUUUUUUGAAUCAAUAAUAAUUAUUUAUAUUGCUUAGAUGGUACAUAAAUUUAGGUACCAUUGUUGUGUAAAUUAGAAGAGUAAUAUACAUUUGAACAUAUUUCUGUUUAUAUAAUCUAUUAUAAGCUGAAUUUGAAAGUCCUUCAAUAAGCAGAGCUACUCAUGUCACAAUCAAAAUAUUUUCAUACUUGUUUUGGACGAAAUUUAAUUUCACUUUAAACCUUCAGUUUCUUAUUGUGUGAAAACGAAGAUGGAUGUGCACAUAGAUGACUACAUACGCGAAAGCAUACUCGGAAAGGGAACAUUUGGAACUGUGUAUUUGGUGAGAAGAAAGAAAGACAGCAAGCCAUUUGUUAUAAAAGUGCAAGAUUUAAGUAAUGCAGUAAAUCAUUCGCCUUCUGAGAGAACGCUAGGAGAGGUACAAUGCCUACAAAAAUUGAGGCACACAAACAUAGUGUUUUAUUAUGGAGCAUGGAAACAAAAUAAUUACAGCUACAUUCUUUUGGAAUAUGCGACUCGAUGUACUCUCAAAGAUUUGCUAGAAAAACGAAAAAUUCCACUCAAGGAGGAGGAUGCAUUGUAUUUGUUUUCGCAAAUUACUUUGGGAGUGCAUCAUAUUCAUUCGAACAAAAUUCUUCAUCGAGAUUUAAAACCAGAAAAUAUCAUGUUGACUGGCAACCGUGGGGACAUCGUGAAGAUUGGUGACUUUGGUCUCUCAAAAAAUAUCCAAGAAGAUUCGAUAACUUGUCACGCAGGAUCUUAUUAUUAUAUGGCUCCGGAAGUGCUGGAUAUACAGCCGUAUGAACUCAAGAGUGAUAUAUGGAGCAUGGGUGUUAUAUUGUAUGAAAUGGUUACGAAGAGAUUUCCGUUCCCGGCUACGAAUUUAGCGGAAUUUACGAAACUAGUGCACAACAGUCCGCCGCAGUCUUUACCACGAUGGAUGUCAACAACUACUGUGAAUUUGAUAUCGAAGAUGCUGAGGAAGAAUAGUUUUUGUCGACCCCGCACCGAUCAGCUUGUGCUUUGCCCUUUUCUCGUUCCUUACAUUAUUCGAGUAUAUCUAAAUCUUGGACGUGACAUUAAUCUCGCUGAACGAGAACGAGACAGCUUUGGGCCGCACGUUUUCUUAAAAUUUCUAAAUCCAUGAAAAUUUUGAUCGAAAUAACAUUUUAAUGAAUAAUCUCUUAAGGAAAAAAGGAACUAAAAAAUAAUAUUAUCACAUACGGGAAUUUGCUUUAAAAAAUGAAAACGCAUAUGAAACGAUUUCAGAAGUGUUAACAAGACUUAUAAAAGUUAUCUUUGCUAGACGUCAAUUAAAUUUUGUAUGGCAUAAACAUUUUUUUAAACUUAUAUAUAAUAAAAAAUUAUUUUUUUAUAGUAUGACAUAGCUAUCAAGUUUAUAUUAUUAUAUAAUUGUUAAUAUAGAUUUUUUAUUUUAUGCUAUGAUAUCUCCAAAAAUUACUUUUUGAGUUAUAUAAGAGAAUGUGAAAGAAGGUUCUAAUUAGAUGACAUAUUACUGUAUAUUUACUUUUUUAAUAACUCUUUAGGACUUUCAUAGGUAAAACGUUAUUAAAUUACAGAAAAGUUCUCACAUUUUUAUAAUGUAUGUGCAAGGUGCAAACUCUUUGUUGUAAUAUUGUAAUUAGUAAUAAUGCUCUGUAGUAAUUAAAUGUCGGAAGGAAAUUAAAUUAUGAACGAUGAACGAUA